AUGUUAUUACAAAAUGACCAAGCGGGAAAAAUUGUGGUUCUUGGUACAGUACAUUUUAGUAAAAAGUCUGUAGAAGAAGUUUCUGAAAUAGUGCAAUUUCUUAAUCCAAACGCAAUUCUUGUGGAAUUAUGUCGACAAAGAGUGUCGCUUUUGGAGCUGGAUGAAAAAAAAUUUUUAGAAGACGCAAAAAAUUUUGAUUCUCACAAGUUUAAAGAAGCAGUCAAAGGACACAAAGGCUUGUCUUCUGGUAUGUUACAUGCAAUGUUGUUGAAAACAUACGCUGACAUCGCUAAAGAAUUAGGAGUUGCUCCGGGAGGCGAAUUUAGAAGAGCAUAUCAAGAGGCAAGCUUAAUUAUCUGA